AUGAACACAUCACUCUUUCCAACGCUUAUAAUACUAGCCACUGUAUUAUCCGUUGCUUUUAGUGGAACAUGCAGUCCUGGAACAUACUCGUACCAAAACCACUGCCUGCCAUGUACACCUGGACAUUAUUGUCCAGAUGGUAUCAAUCAAUUCCGUUGUCAAUCAAUGACAUAUCAAUCUGAUUUUGGAGCAGCAACAUGUCAACAAUGUGGAUACGGAACAUAUUCCAUUUGUCCCGACACAAAACAAUGCAGUUCAUGUCCUCCUGGCUAUAACUGUCCUUAUUUCUAUCCGUGGGAAACCUAUCAACCACCAACAAAAUGUCCAGCAGGAACAUUCAACCCAGGUACGAACCCGAACUAUUACCCGACCAGCUGUUCUCAAUGUGGACCGAACACAUAUCAAACAGAAAAGGGAUCAACUAAUUGUCUUACAUGUCCAAACGGAUUCAAUUGCACUAAUCCAGCUUUGGCACCCACACCAUGUCAAACAGGCACAUAUCGAAACUCUCAAGUUACCCUCUGUACAACAUGCGCUCGUGGUUAUUAUGCAGCUCACCAAAAAGCGGCAAUUUGUCUCCAAUGUCCGGCUGGUUACAAGUGCAGUGAUCCCAGUAAAUGUCCAAUACAAUGUCCAGCUGGUAAAUAUUCGAAUGCAGGUAGUGUUACUUGUACGGUAUGUCCAAACAAUAGUUGUACUGGUAAUUAUGCGCCUGUUAAUGCACCGUGUAUAACAAGUAUUAGUGAAACGUCGGCAGGUAUUUGCUCAGAGACAAGUACAGCAGUGACUCCAAAUAUCGGUUAA